UACAAUAGAUACCGAUUCAACGAUCUUUGAAAUCGAACCAGCAGAAUUAUUGAUUUAAAUUAACAUUUUUUUUUUAAAUUAUGUCUACUUCAGCUUUUUUUUCACCCGAAAACGCUUUUUUGGAAAGAAAUGUUGAAAUCAUAGAAGAGGAAGUAAAAUUUGAAGAGAUAUGGACCGAGGUUAAUCGAUCAAAAUGUUUAGAUUGGAUAGAAAAGAAUAAUUUAAAAAAUGUUUGCCUUCAGUUUCCUGAUAAUUAUCUACCCUUUAGUGCAAAAAUUCAUGAUGAUUUAAAAAAUAAAGCAAAAAUAUAUAUAUUAGCUGACACAUCUUACGGAAGUUGCUGUGUCGAUGAAAUUGGGGCUGCGCAUGUGAAUGCCGACUCAAUUAUUCACUUUGGAAAUGCUUGUCAGAGUAAGGUCUCUAGACUAAGUGUUUUAUACAUUUUCGCACAAAAAUAUUUAGAUUUUAAAAAAUUGUAUGAUGAUUUGAAUAAAUUGGAAAGUUCCACUAAACAAAAAGAAAUUUUCAUCUAUUUCAGUCAAGAUUACCAUCAUCUUCUCGAUAAAAAUUUAAUAAAAGAUUUUAAAAAUAGUGUACCUAAACUCAGUAUUACACUGGAGAAGUAUCCGAAUUCAAGGGAAAAACAAAAUUCCGAAAACAGCGUUAUCAAAAUAUUUGUUGGCAAGGACGAUCAACAUUUUUUCAAUUUGACGAUGACUGAAUCAGCUUCAAAUUGGUACUUAUAUAACUCAGAAGAAGCUUUACUUAAAGAAAUAAAUCCAAUUACAACCACGUUUAUUCGGCGCCGUUACUAUUAUAUAGAAAAAUGUAAAGAUGCAAAAAGACUAGGCAUUGUUGUAGCAACUCUUAGCGCUGAUGGAUAUUUAGAUAUAGUUAAGCAUAUACAACAAUUGGCACGUGCCCAUGGUAUUCGGAGUUAUAUAUUAUCUGUUGGUCGUAUAAACUCAGCUAAGUUAGCAAAUUUUAUGGAAAUUGAUUGUUUCGUUUUGGUUGGUUGCCCUUUCAACAACAUAUACACAUCAAAAGAAUUUUAUAAACCCAUAAUAUCUAUUUUCGAAGCUGAAUUAGCUCUAAAUCCAGCUUGGCUAUGUAAAUUUCCUGAAAAGUACGUUACAGAUUUUAAAGAGCUCUUGCCUAAUGGAUCGUUCUACAAUGAGAUAGACCCUCAAAAAAUUCAAAAAAACGAUAUGAGUUUGGUUUCUGGAAAAAUUCGACAUAUGGAUAUCUCAAACGAUGAUGAUGCUGAAAAUACCAGUAGGGUUCUCCUGGAAAAAAAAAAUUACGAAUUAGUAGAAAGUACUGCUACAUCAUUUGAAGAUAGAUCUUGGAAAGGGUUGGAGCAAAAUUUAGGUGAAACCGAUCCAGCAGUAAUUGCUAAAGGGUUGUGUGGAAUUCCAAUGUCGUACACACAUGAUUCUCCAUAGGGUUUUGAAUAUUGAGCAGUUCAGAGGCUUUAAAGUUAAUGUAAAUUAUUUCAUAUGCAAACGUAUACAUAAUUCAAUUUACAUUCAAGAAUAAAAUUUUUAACUUUGGUUAGUUUUGUAGGUAGGCAAUUUUCUUACUCAUUAAAAGAAUUUUUAAAUUUUGUCGAGGAUAUAAAUAAAUGGUCCUGAUAAAACUUUAUUUGAUAUAAAUUAUGAUUAUUAAAAGGUUAACCUUUCUUUGCCUGAGUUAUUUAAGAGCACUUUUACUGUAACUCUUGUAUCGAGAAAGAUAUAUACAAAUCUGUUGGUUAGAAAUAAAAAAUGUUUGUGCUAUAAAAUAAAAAAAAAUUUAUAGCAUUCAUUUCCACAUUCGGGUUAUUUUAAUAUGUUAUAGCAUGCGUUUUUGAUUAUAUAGCAAAGUAACUGGUAUUGAAAUGAAUGCUGUACGAGUUAAACGCACUUUAAUUUAUUAUUUAGAAAAUUAACGAUAUGUAACGCGUCAACUUUUCUUUCCGUGAGUUAUUUAUAAACACUUCUAUCUAUUACACAAAAUUUUAUCACAUUCAUAUUUAGAAAAUUAAACCUUUCCCUGGUGACUACAUUUUAAAUUAAUAAGUCAUUUUUUUUUCUUUUAAAUAACAUAACUGUUACCUUUUUCAGAGCAUAAAGAGUAAAAUUAGGAAUACUGUAGCAUGCAUGUGUUUCCUUUGGGAUGAAAACAAAAUUUAAUGUUACGGGUUAAACUGUUUAUCAAUCUCUUGAAGUGCUUUUAAAAUUUUGUUAAAAUUGAGAAUAAAAAGAUAAGUCAAACAAUUGCAAUGCAUAUGCAUAAUUGUACUGAUAUUUAAGCUGUUAAAGAAUGUUAAUACAUGUACAAUACUUAUUCAUUUUUGAUAUGCAAAACAAAGUUUUCAGUUAAGAUUUUAUUUAAUAGUUAUAACGAUUAUAAUUUAGAGUAAUUUAGU